ACAAAUAGGAAACGGAAACCCAAAGUCUCAAACGGAAACCCAAAGUCCCAGAGGCUAGAGAGAGGAAGAAAAGCAGCAGAACUGAGAGGUGCUGACCAGCAAAUGAUAUAAGUUUUACAUUUUUAUAGCUUUGCUUUUUGGAACAGCAAGAACAUGAGUGCUCCGCCUAGUAAAAGGUCGCAUGAGGAGGUCGGAAAUGGAAGUGGGGGUGUUAGUGGCAGUCAUGGUCUUUCCUCUGCUCCAAAGUUCCAGCAUGAGGAUUCCAGCACAUUCCCUGGUGUGAUGGGUAGACUGGAGUCUUCAACCUCGGGUGAUUUCCAUAGUCCUUAUGACAUAGGGCAGGAUGCUCGGAUGCCAAAGCUACCGAGGACUGAAUCUCGUGAUGCAGAUAGAAGAUCACCUUUGCUUCCAAUGUACCGAGUGCCAUCAUCUUCAAAUGACACUCAUUUGGAUCACCCUUCAGGUUUUGAAAGCAGGUUGGAAUUUCGAGAUACCAAGGAAGGAAAUAAGGACCCUAAGUUUGAGAACCGUGAAAGUAAGGUUGAACAAAGGGAGUUACAUAUAGGCAGUAGGCUUGAUAAGGAUGUGAAGUUUGACAGCAGAGGAGAUGAUAAUAAAGCAACCAAGCAUGAAAGGGAAACAUAUCCAGAACAUAGAGCUGACAUAAAGGUAGAUAAGGAGUCUUAUGGUGGGGCAAGCAACCAUCCGAACUGGAAAAAUUCAAAUGAACAACACAGGGGAAAAAGGUAUCCUGAUGCCUCUGGAGGGAAUGUGGAUCCAUGGCAAGCAUCACGAUCCAGUUUGCAUGGCCCAGUUGAGGGUGUAAAGGAAUCCCCAAAUGUGGAGGAAAGGGAGUAUGCUGAAGCACGUGAGGCUGUUGGAGAGAACAAGGUUGAUUUUAAAGGGGAGAAUAAAUUGAAAGAGAGAGAAAGGAAAAGGAAAGAGGUAAAACAAAGGGAUUGGGGAGAAAGGGAUAAAGAAAGAAAUGACCUGCGAAACGCUUUGCAGUUGUGCAGCAAUAGCAAUAGUGAAAACAAGGAGCCAAUGCGGGAAGAGAGAGAAGCUGAGAGGUUGGACAAGGAGAGGAAAGAUCUUUUGAGAGAAAAGGAGAAAGUAAAAGAAAGAGAAAAGGAUUUUAUGAAAAAGGAAUCAGGGAAUGGAGCUGAAAAAGAAAGUCCUCACAAUGAUAAGGAAAUGGUAGAUGUCCCCAGCAGAGCUGCAGAGCUAGAGAAUCCAACCUCAGAAUUAAAGAAACAAAAGGACACUGAUGGUUGGAAAAAUGUUGACAGGGAUAUUAGAGAGAGGAAAAAGGAAAGAGAUGCAGAGGAGGAAGGUGAAAGAUAUGAGAAACGCAAUAAGAAUCAUGACAAGGAGUCAGAUGAAGUAUGUGGUGAAGCUGAAGGGGGUGCAGAAAGGGAGAGAGAAGUUUUUAAUUAUGGAGUUCAGCAGCGUAAGAGGAUGCUUAGGCCAAGGGGCAGUCCUCAACGUACUCAUCGUGAUCCUCGUUUUAGGUCGCGCAAUCAAGAUAAUGAAGGGUCUCAAGGUAAACCUGAUGUGUCCACCAUUGUUUAUAAAGUUGGUGAAUCCAUGCAAGAGCUAACUAAAGUAUGGAAAGAAUAUGAAGCAUCUCAAGCAGAUAAGAUGUCUGAAAGUUCUUCAAAUGGUCCUACUCUAGAUAUUCGGAUACCAGCUGAGCAUGUUUCUGCAGCAAACCGCCAGGUAAGAGGUGGCCAGCUGUGGGGGACAGACAUAUAUACUGAUGAUUCGGAUCUUGUUGCUGUUCUUAUGCACACUGGCUAUUGUCGUCCGACUGCAUCACCCCUUGAAGCUACAAUUCAGGAGUUACGUGUCACUAUCAGAGUAUUACCUCCACAAGACUGCUAUCUUUCAAUGCUGAGAAACAAUGUUAGAUCGCGUUCUUGGGGAGCUGCCAUUGGCUGCAGUUACCGUGUUGAGCGUUGUUGUGUCGUGAAGAAAGGAGGGGCAGUUUUUGAUGUACAGCCAUGUCUUACACAUUCAUCUUCUAUGGAGCCUACUCUUGCCCCAGUUGCUGUUGAGCGCACCAUGACUACCAGGGCUGCAGCUUCGAAUGCACUACGACAACAAAGAUUUGUACGAGAAGUGACUGUGCAAUUCAACCUAUGUGGUGAGCCUUGGCUUAAAUACAGCAUCAGUGUGGUUGCAGACAAGGGGCUUAAGAAACCCCUGUUUACAGCUUCGCGCUUGAAAAAGGGGGAAGUACUCUACUUGGAAACCCAUAGCCGCAGGUUUGAGCUUUGCUUUGCUGGAGAGAAGAUGGUAAAGGCUACAUCAGUGUCUCAGGCCCAAGAAGCAGAAGCUGACAAAUCUGUAACUCAUAGCUCACAUACUUCAAAUGGUGAAAAAGGCCUGAUGGAUGGAGAAAAUGUUGUUAUAGAUGCCUUCCGAUGGUCUCGUUGUAAGAAUCUCCUUCGCCAAACAAAGAUGAUAUCAAUUGGGAUCCCACUGCCCCUUGAGCAUGUGGAGGUAUUGGCAGACAAUCUAGAAUGGGAGGAUAUCAAUUGGACGUCUACUGGUGUUGUGAUUGCCGGGAAAGAAUACCAUCUUGCCCGGGCACAUUUCAUGUCUCCAAAUUAGCUGGCAGAGUUGAAUUAUCAUGAACUUUUUGUCAUGUAAUAUAUAUACUUCCGAGUUUCAUAGACUGAUGUACUGGUUUGGAUGCUCCAAAACAAUGCCAUACAAUGAAUUUUAGACUAUUUUGGAGAUUGCUGUUAUUAGCUCGUAGUUGUUUUUAAUAUCCUCCUAUAUAACCAGAAUUUCUUCAAAAGAAA